CACUUGACAGUUGUUACUCAUAUUACAAUCACCGUUGUGUAGUAAAAAUCUUUGACUCAUUAUCAAUAUAUAAUUAAAUAACUCAGAAUCGGGGUAUAACGCACGAGAAGCAUGGCUUCACAAGCUUUAGCUUCCCUUACUGCCACUUAUACCGACUCUGAAGGCGAAGAAGAUAUGGAAGAUGGGCAACAAACUCCCGAAAAAGAUGCACCCAAAACAACACAAUCUGAACCUGUUAGCCCCAAAACCAUCAUUGAUAGUAAACAAAGUUCGUCAGCACCAUCCUCCCCAAAAAGAAGACUUGUCUCAUAUGUAGAUGACACUGUGGUGUCAGAUGAAGAACAAAUGUCCCCUUCUGCUGAGGGACAGGAUGACAUGAGAAGGCUAUCUAUGGAAACAGAUACAGACGAUGCAGUUCAACGAUCAGAUGCUGAUGACUCUCAAGAUGGAGUAAUAAUACCCCCUGAGCCACCAGGUAAAUGUCCAAAGGAAUUACAGGAUUCCAUUGCUAAAUUCUAUAACCGAAUGCUCACUGAAGGAUAUGAUAUGAACAAAAUAAUUCAAGACAAGAAGAAUUUUAGAAAUCCAAGUAUUUAUGAAAAAUUGAUCCAGUUUUGUGAUAUAAAUGAAUUAGAUACUAAUUAUCCACCUGAAAUAUAUGAUCCUUUAAAAUGGGGUAAGGAGUCUUAUUAUGAUGAAUUAGCCAGAGUUCAGAAAAUAGAAAUGGAAAGAAGAGAAAAGGAAAAGAAGGAAAAAUUGUCAAAAAUAGAUUUUAUAUCUGGUAAGAAGACUGACAGUGAUGAAGAGAAAAAAAGAAAGUCAAAAUGGGAUCAAGCUGCACCAAAUGUUGGCUCAAAGCCAACAAUUAAGCAGCCAGGUCUUCUUCAACAACCUCUUACAACAAAUGUUACAGGAACUAAGGGUACAGUAAUAUCAGCAUUUGGUUCAAUAUCUAAAAAACCAAAGAUCUGACUUCAAAGUAAUUGUAAUGACAUACAAGUAUGUGGAAACUCUUACCACACAUGAAUGAUUAUUAAAGACGAGUAAGCAACAAAUACAAGCAAUACUAUUGUUGCCUGUA